CAGACGCAGAAGUCUCCUCAUGGCUCCUUACCAUAUCCGCAAAUACCAGGACAGUGACCGCAAAUGGGUCCUGGGUUUGUUCUGCAGAGGCAUGGAAGAGCACAUUCCUGCCACAUUCCACCAUAUGUUGAUGUUGCCUGGAACCCUCCUGCUCUUACUUGUGGUGCCUCUUGCUCUACUCCUGGUGUAUGGCUCCUGGCUCCUUGUUCUAAUGUCCAGCCUCACCCUCUUUGCCUUCCUGUGGCUCCUUGCUAAAUACACCUGGAAGAAGCAUAUGGCUGCAUGUCUGCGCACAGACCUGGCUGACAUCACCAAGACCUACCUGAGUGGGUGUGCCUCCUGCUUCUGGGUGGUUGAGCGUGGGGGGCAAGUGGUGGGCAUAGUGGGUGCUCUGCCAGUGAAGAAGCCCCUCUUGCAGAAGAAGCAGUUGCAGCUACGGCACCUCUGUGUGGCCUUGGAGCACCGAGGAGAGGGGAUAGCAAAAGCCCUGGUGAGGACUGUCCUCCAGUUUGCCCGGGACCAGGGCUACAGUGAAGUUGUCCUUAGCACGAGUAUGCUGCAGUGUGCUGCCCUGGCUCUCUACCAGCAGAUGGGCUUUCAGAAGACAGGCCAGUCCUUCUUCACCAGGAUCUCUAAACUAAGGGACACUCCUCUAAUUCACUUCACGUACCACCUCACUUCUGCUCAGGAAGGAGGCCUGUGA